AAAUUCGCUUUACGACUAAAUGGAAGUUACAUUAUCUAUGGAUCCUCUUUUUCUUGCAUGGAGCUAUUUUAGGAGAAGGAAGUACCAGAAAUGUUCGGAUCUUUGCACAAAGGUGCUGGAGGAAAAUCCGUACGACCAGUUUGUUAAAAUAGUUCUUCUGGUACCCUGAAGGCAGCCUGGAGCCUGAAGACAAGGGCUCUGACUGAGAUGGUGUAUGUUGAUGAAGUGGAUGUUGACCAGGAGGGCAUUGCAGAAAUAAUGUUGGAUGAAAGUGCCAUUGCACAAGUAGCACGACCAGGAACAUCACUGAGGCUCCCUGGAACAAGCCAUGGUGGAGGGCCUACUCCAGCUGUCAGGCCAGUAACCCAGUCAGGACGCCCCAUUACGGGAUUUGUAAGGCCCAGCACUCAGUCUGGCAGACCAGGGACAAUGGAGCAAGCCAUCAGAACACCUCGAACUGCAAACACUGCCCGUCCAGUCACUAGUGCUUCUGGGAGAUUUGUCCGAUUGGGCACGGCUUCUAUGUUAACACAUCCGGAUGGACCAUUUAUUAACUUGUCCAGGUUGAAUUUGGCAAAGUAUGCACAGAAACCAAAUUUAUCCAAGACCUUAUUUGAAUACAUCUUUCAUCAUGAGAAUGAUGUCAAAAAUGCUUUGGACCUAGCUGCACUUGCUACAGAGCAUGCACAGUUCAAGGACUGGUGGUGGAAAGUUCAACUUGGGAAAUGUUAUUAUAGGCUUGGUUUGUAUCGUGAAGCUGAGAAACAAUUCAGAUCAGCCCUCAAUCAUCAAGAGUUUGUAGACACUUACCUCUACCUUGCAAAGGUAUAUCAGCGAAUGGAUCAACCCAUAACUGCACUGAACCUCUUUAAACAAGGCCUGGACCAUUUCCCAGGAGAAGUGACUUUGUUGACUGGGAUUGCUCGCAUUCAUGAGGAGAUGAACAACAUCACUUCUGCUACAGAGUAUUAUAAAGAUGUCUUAAAGCAGGACAACACACAUGUAGAGGCCAUUGCCUGCAUAGGAAGCAACCAUUUCUAUACAGACCAGCCAGAGAUCGCCUUGCGUUUCUACAGGCGGUUGCUGCAGAUGGGUGUGUAUAACUGCCAACUGUACAAUAACCUGGGCCUGUGCUGCUUUUAUGCUCAGCAGUAUGACAUGACACUAUCCUCAUUUGAAAGGUCAUUAACCCUGGUUUCCAGUGAUGAGGAACAGGCCGAUAUCUGGUACAAUAUUGGUCAUGUUGCAGUGGGUAUUGCUGACUUGACUCUAGCUUAUCAGUGCUUUAAGCUAGCUUUGGCAUUUAACAAUGAUCAUGCUGAAGCUUACAACAACUUAGCAGUGCUGGAGCUACGCAAAGGACGCAUUGAGCAGGCAAAAGCCUUUUUGCAAACAGCUGCUUCUCUCGCUCCCCAUAUGUAUGAACCACAUUUCAACUUUGCUGUACUGUCAGAUAAGGUGGGUGAUCUUCAGAGCAGUUACAUGGCUGCCCAGAAGUCAGAAGAUGCUUUUCCUGAACAUGUAGACUCACAACAGCUCCUGAAGACUCUCAGACAGCACUUUGCUGUGCUCUGAAUCUUUCUCGCAAAAUUCACAUAUUAUUUUACAGGCACAGUAAAGCAGGCUAUAAAAUAUUUUAAAGCUUUUAUAGAAAUAAAAAUGUCUAGCCACAUUUCAUCUUUUUCUAGAUAGAAAAGUGAUUUGGAUAAAUUAAGUAUUUUAAUAUCUAUGAUAUAUCACAGCAAAUAAUUGUAUUUUUAAAAUUAUUUUUUGAAAAUGUAAACUUGUCUACAUGUUUAGCAUUAAAAAGGCAUACAUGCUAUGUAAAAUAGUUAUUUUAUUCAUGUCAUUGUCAAGUUUUUGAACAUGAAAAUUAUGAGCAAUGAUUCUGUUGUAUUCAAAUAUUUGAUUAUUAGUAGUAUUAUUAUUAAUUACAAAACUCUUCCUAUCUAUGAACAACUACUGGGCUUUCUACCACAUUCGUAGCAGAACCAGACACAUGAAAAAAUGGCAGCGUGAUUUUAAAGUGUAAAUUACUUGUAGCAUAAAAAGAAAAGUUGGUAGAAGAGAGCAGAUUUAUUUUUUUUUUACAAACUUUUUUUUUUCAGCAAUCGAUUUAGUCAAAGAAAAUUUCCUUGGAAUUUGGAUUCUUAAUUUGCUUUAAGGGUUCUAACAGAUGACUAACUACU